CGGGAAGGAAGUCCCCUCCCGGCCCAGCCCCUCCGCUCUGCAGGCAGUCUGAAGUGGGAGAGCCGCAGCGCGGGACCGAAGAGGUUAAUGUGCAUCUGCCUCCGAAUGUUAAUGUGUCUAGGUGAUGUCAGUGGGAGCCGGGAAGGAGGGAGUGGGGCGAGCAGUUGGGCUUGGAGGCGGCAGAGGCUGCCAGGCUGAGGAGGAAGACCCCUUCUGGACUGCGGGGCUCGCGCUCCGGGACAAGGCUGCCGCAGCCUGCGUGGGCGGACGGGCGCGCAACUCCGGGGAGCAGGGCACCGGCUCCGGCUCCGGCUCCGGCACCGGCUGGAUGGACCUGCAAGCCUUACUGCUCCCCACUGGCCCCAAUGCCAGCAACACCUCCGAGGGCCCGGAUAACCUCACCUUGGCCGGGUCGCCCCGGCGCCCAGGGAGCGUCUCCUACGUCAACAUCAUCAUGCCUUCCGUGUUCGGCACCAUCUGCCUGCUGGGCAUCGUGGGGAACUCCACGGUCAUCUUCGCGGUGGUGAAGAAGUCCAAGCUGCACUGGUGCAGCAACGUCCCCGACAUCUUCAUCAUCAACCUGUCCGUGGUGGACCUCCUCUUCCUCCUGGGCAUGCCCUUCAUGAUCCACCAGCUCAUGGGCAACGGCAUCUGGCACUUUGGGGAGACCAUGUGCACCCUCAUCACAGCCAUGGACGCCAACAGUCAGUUCACCAGCACCUACAUCCUGACCGCCAUGGCCAUCGACCGCUACCUUGCCACGGUCCACCCCAUCUCCUCCACCAAGUUCCGCAAGCCCUCCGUGGCCACCCUGGUCAUCGGCCUCCUGUGGGCCCUGUCCUUUGUCAGCAUCACCCCCGUGUGGCUCUACGCCAGGCUCAUCCCCUUCCCGGGGGGCGCCGUGGGCUGUGGCAUCCGCCUGCCCAACCCAGACACAGACCUGUACUGGUUCACCCUGUACCAGUUCUUCUUGGCCUUCGCCCUGCCCUUUGUGGUCAUCACGGCCGCGUACGUGAGGAUCCUGCAGCGUAUGACGUCCUCGGUGGCCCCCGCUUCCCAACGCAGCAUUCGGCUGCGGACAAAGAGGGUGACGCGCACGGCCAUCGCCAUCUGCCUGGUCUUCUUCGUGUGCUGGGCGCCCUACUACGUGCUGCAGCUGACCCAGCUGUCCAUCAGCCGCCCGACCCUCACCUUUGUCUACCUGUACAACGCUGCCAUCAGCUUGGGCUAUGCCAACAGCUGCCUCAACCCCUUUGUGUACAUCGUGCUCUGCGAGACGUUCCGUAAGCGCUUGGUGCUGUCGGUGAAGCCGGCGGCCCAAGGGCAGCUCCGCGCCGUCAGCAACACUCAGACAGCCGAGGAGAGGACAGACAGCAAAAGCACCUGACACUUGCCCUGCUGCCUGGACGUCUCCGAGUUGGGACAGCGACAGCCCACCACCCUGGGGGAGACGCUCACAACACCCAAGACCGCCCUUGGGGGAGUGCAGGGAGGCUGGGGCUGUGGGGGUCAUUGCAACUAAUACGUCCCAUGCAAAUUGCUGGGGAGGCUUGGAGCCAGGUUGGGGUGGGCGGCUCCAGACAACCUAAAUCAUUCACAGGGAACAGAAUGGGACUUUUGGGUGGAACAGAAGCUGAGCAAGAGUAUCAGUUUUAACAUGCGGUUGAGCCCUACAUCUGUUAGCUCCCAAAUGUCUUUUUCCCAAAGGGAGGGGUGGAAGGCUCCUGGCUGGGUUGCUGUAAAGUCAGGCAGCCGGGGCCACAUUCCCGGGACCCCAGGGAGACGAGAAAGCUGUCCGUGUCCCAAGGUUCUCCCAUCUCUCAUUGGUCUGCUGGGAGGCAGCCCUUCUCCCAAGCUGGUGGAUGAUGAAACACGAAGCUUGGCAUCUCCGGUUCAGCAUCCUGUGUCGAGUUCCUUCAUCUUGGGGGGAGGGGACGCAAGUUUAUUUUGGGGGUGGGGCUCUGAGCCCCCAGGAGGAAGAACCCAGUUUGCUGGGAGAUGCGCUCAUUGAAAAUGACAAGGUGACCGAGCUGGGGUGGGUGUGGGUGGGGGGAACCCUGAAACUAAUAAAAAUGGGGGAGGGGGCUUCUGCAGCUGUGGGGCCAUCGUGUUCACGCGUCUGUCGCUGACCCCGAGCGAGUGCCUGUGUGCUCUGCGUGUGGUCUUCCCAGUGCCGGGUCUGUUGGCAUCAUCUCUGUGCUGUAGCCGUUCCUCUCCAAAACAAAAGCGAAUAAAGGAACAUCUCCACCCACAUCUCUCUGGACGCUCCCGUGUCAUUGCUUGAGCUUGGGGGUGGGUGGCUGUGGGUAGCAGGCAAGGGGAGGAGGAGUUACUUGGCUGUGGGGUUUAGGCUUCGGUUCAGGCUGCAUUUU